AUGGCUGAGGAUGAAUGCAAGUACGUACCUCCGUGGACCCAGGGGGUGUGCAAUGUCAGAGUGGACCCGUUUUGUGGAGAUGGACGUAAACUUUUCGCUACCUGGAUAAAGCAGUUCGAAGCGGCGGUCCGCGCUCAGACCCGGGGUGAUGGGAGAAGCUAUGCCACGUCCUUAUCCGCUCUGCUGCCCACCCGGCUGGAUGGUGCGGCGUUUCUGUUGUGGGACAGCCUGCCCUCGUCUGUGCAACGUGCGAGCCUGGAGCUGUACGCUGCGGACCUUUCCCGGCUCGUUGCUGAAGCUUUCCCGGAGUAUGACAAAAUGGCACAGAAUGCUGAGAAGUUCCGUCGCUUUCUGGCUGGACUUGACCCUGAGCUGCGGGCCCAAUGCCCUAAACAAGGCGCAACUGACUUGGAGAAAGCACUGAUGAUAGCGGCCACGGUGGCCUCUCUCUCCGCGGCUGAGGGGACAGCGCUGGGCACUUUCGGAGUGACGGGAAAGCUUCCCGGUGCUGUGGAGCGGCUUACAGACAGGAUGGACAAACUACAGAUGGAGGUGGUCAAUUUGAGAGCACAACGGAGUGACCACACACCGCGCACUAGUCAAGGUUUUCCGUGUGCCUGCGAGUGUGGCGGAUUUGGCUGCAGAUCCUCUGCUCGUGAGCAUCGCGUGGAGUGCAAUGGUCGUGCACCGCGAUACGGAUCCAGGAAUACCCGGGAGUGGUCCCCACAGGCGCAGGAGGAUCGGGGCGCGGCGCCUGAUUACCCUCACCGUCGUGAAGAGGACGAGACUCCCCGGAGAGGACGUUUCUCCGUGGAGCCAGAGUGGAGACGCGGUUUGAGAUUUCUGUCACCCAGUCGGCGUUCACCUUCUCGGCGUUCCCCUUCUCGGCGUUCCCCUUCUCCUUCUCCAAUCAGACGGAACCAGGGAAACGACCAGUAA